CCGGCGGCGGGGCAGUUGGGCCGCCCGGGCGCCGGCGAUCGCGCGGAUGGCGGCGCUGGUGGCGCUGGCCCAGAAGGCCUGGAGCGCACGGCGGCUGCUGCUGCUGCUGCUGGUGCCGCUAGCGCUGCUGCCCCUGGUCUUCGCCCUGCCACCCAAGGAGGGCCGCUGUCUGUUCGUGGUUCUGCUCAUGGCAGUGUACUGGUGCACAGAGACCCUGCCGCUGGCGGUGACUGCGCUGCUUCCGAUCGUCCUCUUCCCCUUCCUGGGCAUCCUGCCCUCCAACAAGGUCUGCUCGCAGUACUUCCUCGACACCAACUUCCUCUUCCUCAGCGGUCUGAUCAUGGCCAGCGCCAUCGAGGAGUGGAACCUGCACCGGAGAAUCGCCCUUAAGGUCCUCAUGUUUGUGGGGGCCCAGCCAGCCAGGCUCAUCCUGGGGAUGAUGGUCACCACCUCAUUCCUGUCCAUGUGGUUGAGCAACACUGCCUCCACCGCCAUGAUGCUGCCCAUCGCCAGCGCCAUCCUCAAGAGUCUCUUUGGUGAGAAGGAGCCUCGGAAGGACCUGAGCCAGGAGAGCGAGGAGAAUGCAGCUGCUGUGCGAAGAAAUGGGCUCCACACGGUACCCACGGAGAUGCAGUUUCUCUCUAGCACAGAAGGGUGCCACGCCGAAGAGGCUGAGGCCCAGCUGGAUCUGCCUGCUGACUCCGUGGAGGAGGAGGAGUACCGCAAAAACAUCUGGAAAGGCUUCCUCAUCUCCAUCCCCUACUCGGCCAGCAUUGGGGGCACCGCCACCCUCACAGGGACGGCCCCCAACCUCAUCCUGCUGGGCCAGCUCAAGAGCUUCUUUCCUCAGUGCGACGUGGUCAACUUCGGCUCCUGGUUCCUCUUCGCCUUCCCGCUCAUGGUGCUGUUCCUGCUGGUGGGCUGGCUCUGGAUCUCCUUCUUGUAUGUGGGGAUAAGCUUCAGGGGCUGGAGGAAGAAGAAAUCCCAGCUACGAGGGGAUGCGGAAGACAAGGCCCGAGCUGUGAUUCAGGAAGAAUUCCAGAACUUGGGGCCCACCAAGUUUGCAGAGCAGGCUGUGUUCACCCUGUUCUGUGCAUUCGCCAUCCUCCUCUUCUCCCGGGACCCCAAGUUCAUCCCUGGCUGGGCCAGCUUCUUCACUCCUGGGUUCAUUUCCGACGCUGUCACCGGCGUGGCCAUUGUCAUCAUCUUAUUCUUCUUCCCAUCCCAAAGGCCCUCGCUCAAGUGGUGGUUUGACUUCAAAGCUCCCAUCACGGAGACGGAGCCCCUGCUGAAGUGGAAGAAGACCCAGGAGUCGGUGCCCUGGAACAUCAUCCUCCUGCUGGGAGGAGGCUUUGCCAUGGCCAAAGGCUGUGAGGAGUCGGGGCUGUCGGCGUGGAUCGGAGGGAAGCUGCACCCGCUGGAGAGCAUGCCCCCCAUGCUGGCCGUCCUGCUGAUCACCAUCAUCAUCUCCUUCUUCACCGAGUUCGCCAGCAACACGGCUACCAUCAUCAUCUUCCUGCCCGUCCUGGCAGAGCUGGCCAUCCGCCUGCGAGUUAACCCACUGUAUCUGAUGAUUCCGGGCACCGUGGGCUGCUCCUACGCCUUCAUGCUGCCCGUCUCCACGCCCCCCAACUCCAUCGCCUUCGCCUCUGGACACCUGCUGGUCAAAGACAUGGUGCGGACAGGCCUCCUGAUGAACCUGAUGGGCGUUCUGCUGCUCAGCCUGGCCAUGAACACCUGGGCGCAGAGCAUCUUCCAGCUGGGCGCCUUCCCCGACUGGGCCAACAUUCACCCCGCGGCGAACGCCACAGCGCCGCCUCCCACCCUGGCCAACGACACAGUGCGGACACUCUGAGCCCUCCUGGGGGUCCCCCUGGGCCCCCCGAGUGCUGUCUCCAUCCCUUGCUGCCAGGACCACACAGGAUGAUCAAGCAAUGCUUUUCUGGAAUCGAAUAUGCAGCAAGCAAGGUUGAGCCCCGGGGCCCAGCCAGGCCCCCCGGGCUCCCGGCCUGUGACGCCUUCUCUUUCUCUCUCCUGCGGUCUGAGGCUCAGGUGAUCUCCCGGCUCCGCCUCUACCCGCCGCUCUGUGGUUAGGAUGUAGGAGGAGCACAGCGCAACCACGCUGAUCACACCUGUACUGGCAACGGGAGGCUGUCUGUCCCCAGAGGCCCAGGUCCCUUUUCGGACCCGUUGACACUUUUAGGUCCCCCGGAGAGGCCGUCUUGUCUCUAAGACAGCAGAGCCUCUGCAGCUGCAAAGCUGCGGACCAGAUGUUGAGCAGCUCACCACCCAGGUGGCCUUUGUCCUCCUGUUCAGCUGUGGCCCCCGUGGGCCCCCGUGGGCCCCCAUGGGCCCCCGUGGGACACGAGCUAUGCAGAGCCCCCUCUCCUUACGGCUCUGGGCUCCCAGACACAGCAAGGAGGGGACGACAACUCUGGCCAGGAGGUUGCAGUAUCUUCUCUCUGAUUCAGUUUAGAAUCAUGUCAAUAAUAAUUCUGGCAUCUGGCUAAGCCGGGGUUCCAGCCACUGGCGGGGGACCCAUAUUCCCUCCAGCCAGGCCCCUCCGGCAUGUGGCCUCAGGGGCUUCUGUCUCUGCCUUUCCACUCGACCCCCAGGGGCGAAUGUGCUUAAUUAGCCAAGGCUGGGGAGAGUGGGCAGGAGGGGAGUAGGGGGGUGGCUGGCACCCACCAGGGGAUGAGCCUACCCUGUGGGAUUCCCCACAGGCGAUUCAGGGUCUCCCUGAAGCAAGGGGGUGGGGGGACCCCUGAAGCUGGAGCUCUGCUUCGGGCCCCGCAUGAAUCCCACCAGUCAGUAUUAAAUCCCACAUUCAAUGGUAUCCCACAGGGACGGGGCGAUGUCCUCAAAUAGAAAAGCCACAGACUGGGCAGUGUCUGGUCAUGAUUUCAAACACUUCUGAUCAAAACAGCUGUAAAAUAAAGAACGUUGAUUAACACC